AUGUCACUGUUGCCACUGGAGGUUUUCUCUACAUGGGGCCUUUCCUUCAUCAGUGCUGAUGGGCAACAAUUUGUGGUACAGUGGCAUCAUGUUCAUUUAAAAGAUCAAAAUGCCACAACACCAUUCAAUUUCCAAGCAUUGUUGGAUAAAAGUGGUAAAAUUAAAUUCAUGUAUAAAGAGUUACCAAUACUUCCCAAUAAAAUCUCAUCUGAAAAGCACCCUGUCAAGAUUGGCCUAUCUGAUGCUUACUACAUUGAUUCUAAAAGCAAUGAAGGUGUAAUUCGUACUAUCUAUGAGUAUCAUAGGGUGGCUAUUGACAUGCAAAAAAUUAGACCCAGAACUGUUGUAAUACUUGAACCUCUCCCAACUUGUAACUUGGCUGAAGAUUGCAGAUUUUUUUUCAACAAAUGCCACAAACUUAAAGAAAAUGAGAUGAAAAAAUGUCCAAGUUACUCUGCUCUCUCCAAAAAGCCAAAAGAUUCAGUUCCAGUUGCUGUUGUUAUAGUCAUUGUUGUUGUCUUAAUUCUAUGCAUUUCUGUGGCUAUCUGGUGUUUUUAUGGUUAUUCUCAUCCCACAACUCCACUUGGGAUCUGGAUGAUGGAACAUCGACCAAGUCAGAUGAAAGCAAAAAUGGCAAAUAUGAAAUUUUGGAAACAGAGUACCCCUGCUGGUGACAAAUACAGAAUAGAAAGCGAAGCUUAA